AUGCUCGAUCGCUCAUCCGACUCGUGCGACAGCGAGAACAGGGUUUCACGCAGCUCCUUUGUCUCGGUACACUCUUCCACGACGUGCUUCGUCCCAUCUUUUUCCGCCCACAUCGAUGCCGGCAAAACCACCCUCACCGAACGUCUCCUCCACCUCACCCACGCCCUCGGCGGCAACACCUCCAGCACCAACAACGCUCUUCCAGGCGACGUCGAUUCCGGCAGCACCGUCACCGACUUCCUCGAACAGGAGAGACAGCGAGGUAUCACCAUCCAAUCUGCCGCUGUUGGUCCCGUGUGGUGGCCUCCCGCGUCGCCUCAGGGGGUGGGGAUAACGCUCGUCGAUACACCAGGUCACAUUGAUUUCGGGAUCGAAGUCGAACGAGCGCUUCGCGUGGUCGACGGAGCAGUUGUCGUGCUAGAUGGUGUGGAAGGGGUCGAAUCUCAGACGGAGAAUGUGUGGUUCCAGGCAGCGAGGUAUGAUGUGAAGGCGUCGAUCCUUUUCAUCAACAAGUUGGAUCGUAUGGGUGCUUCUGUAUCUCAGUCUCUGCGAAGCGUCAUUCGGUCGGGGAUGCAUUCGAGACCGCUCUUGUUGCAGUUGCCGAUUCCGGUCAGUGGCAAAGACGAGCCUGGGAUAGCAGGCUUGGUGGAUUUGAUCGAGAUGCAGACACUCACUUUUGCAGGCAAAGCAGGGGAGACAGUCACGCGCAAACCGCUCAAGGAAGGAGACGAGAUGUUCGAAGAAGCGAAACAGGCGAGACACGCUCUGGUAGAAUGCUUGGCUUCGCUGGACGAUCAGUUGCUGGAAGAGCUGUUCAGCUUGCCGACGGGCUCGAACGAAGAACCGCACGGAAAGAUGCCGGCAGACUCGUUGAAGAAGGCGAUUAGGAGGCAGACGUUGGCAGGUACCAUUUUGCCCGUGCUGUGCGGAUCGGCGGCCAAGAAUGUUGGUGUUCAGCCAUUGUUGGAUGCCAUUGCAGAUUUCCUGCCUAGCCCCGUGGAUAAGCCAGAUGUCGUCGGUACCGUCGCCUCUUCUCCUUCCUCGUCGACACUUUCGAAAAGCACUUCGAGCAAAGCGCAGAGCACCGACUCGGUCUCCGACUCAACUGCAACGAGUGGCGAGGAGGUCUCAGUCUCUCUGACCAACAAACGUACCACCGCUCUUGCCUUCAAAGUGGUGCACGACAAGCGUCGAGGUCCCACCACCUUCGUCCGUGUCUACUCCGGCACACUGCAACGCUCCACCGUACUCUUCAACACCACCACUGGAGCGCGCGAACGUCUCUCCCGUGUGCUCUUCCCCUUUGCCGAUCAAUACGUCGAGACGUCCACGCUGCGAGCUGGUCAAAUCGGCGUCAUCCUCGGUCUGCGAGACACGCGUACCGGAGACACGCUCGUCGACAUCUCCACCACCUCGAACACCCCUUCGAAAUCCACACCUCGUGACGACAAGGCCGCGCUCGACUCGAAUAGCGUAAAAUCGCUCCGUCUGAAACGAGUCCACAUUCCACCCCCGGUCUUCAGCAUGUCGCUGGAACCAGCAUCCAAGUCGGACGUCGAUUCGGUCUCGGAUGCGCUCAACUUGCUUAUCCGUACUGAUCCUUCUUUGAGGCUGGACGAGUCGGGAGAAGGUACCACAGGUCAGACCGUGCUGAGCGGGAUGGGAGAGUUGCACCUCGAGAUCGCAAAGGACAGACUGGCCAAUGAAUUUGGCGUCAAUGCUCGGAUGGGUGCCGUGAGGGUGUCGUAUCGAGAGACGCUGGAUGAGGGGCUGGGAUGGGUGCAAGUCGAGGAUGUGGUGGAAAGGGAGUUGGCGGGCAAGAAGAUCAAGAUAGGUGCAAAGAUCAAGGUGAGGGCGCUGGAAGAAGAGGAAGGUCGUUCCGCAGGCGGCGCUGAUGUCACGAUGUUUGGGGGUAAUGUGGUGAAUAUCUCCUUCACUGAGGGGGUAGAGAAGGAUGCAGGCAUCGAUGUGAAAGCUAAAGCGGAGGACGAGGGCGACAUCAAGGCCUAUCUUGCAGACGCUCCUUCUCGGCAAACCCGCAGCAAGACCACUUCAAAUACCCAGGCGCAAGACGCCUCGACCUCCGGCCUCCCGCCAGGCAUAGACCUCGCCACGGUGGAGACAAUGUUCAAGACAGGCAUGGUAGCAGCGCUGUCCCGCGGACCGCUCACCUCGAACCCUCUGAUGGGUCUCGAGAUCCGGAUCUCCAACAUUGAAAUGUUUGGCGAACUCUCAUCAUCCGCCGCCAUCUCCUACCUUCUCUCCCACCUCGUCCGAAAAGUCCUGCGUACGGAAGCAAAGAUCAACCCGGACACCGGUCUCCCCACCUCCACACCAGCACCGCUGACAACGCUCAUGGAACCGAUGAUGACAACACGCAUCACCGUACCCGCCGCACACCUAGGCAAGGUGAUCAACGACAUCACCGCCGAACAGAACGGAUUGGUGCAGGACGUCGUCCACCAAUCGCAAGGCUCUUCGUCCUCAGAGUCGGCCGACACGCAAGACGAGGUGUACAUCCCGAACCCGACGCAGAAUCGAUUCGAGCUGCAAUCGUCAGCUGCGAGCUCCGGUGCAGCUGGCAAAGGCGCCUCUUCAGCGGCCGGCGGUGCGGAGGGGAAAGCAGAGAUCCAUGCGGUGGUGCCGCUGGCGAAUUUGGUGAGGUACUCGUCCAAGCUGCGUGCGUUGACAGCUGGGGCAGCGCAGUUCAACAUGCAACUGCAGGGGUUCGCGAAGGUGUCCAAGCAGAGACAGGCCGAGAUUCUGCAGGAGCUGGGUCGAUAG